AUGUCCACUCUCCUCCUUUCACACCCCGCUCGUAGACUGCCUUCUCUGGUUGUCUUCCUUUCUGCCCGCGCCUUGUCAUCUCCCGUCCACACUCGUUUGCACCGUCACCUCCCACCGCAAACUAUUGCCGCGACCGUAGCCCUCGCCGAGACGAUUCUGCACGAUGCGCGCAAUGCGCGACCGCAGCUGGCGCAGAGUAUCGUCGUCGCCGCUGCCCUGGGCGACGCGAACGCGCAGGUUGGCCAUGCACAGCCCGUAAUGGACCUGCCAGAACUGCGCCUCCUCCACACGGGCGAUCUGAGGAGCCGAGGUGAUCUCGUCGAGGACCGAGGCCACGGUGGGCGUGUUCUUCUCGAGGGCGACCGACGCGGGCGCAGACGACGAGGGGAGGGUCGGCGGCGGUGGCGACGACGACGACGACGACGACAGCACAGGCGUGGACUGCAAGGACGGGGUUGGCCUUCCGGCCACUGCUCCUCCGCCCUCUUUGCCCGAGUAGGACAUGAGCAGCAUGAGCCCCUGCGCGACGGCCAGACGCGCGCCCAGCAGCAGCAUGGACGCAGCAAUGGUGGCGCACAGCAGCCGGUCGAGCCAGGUCUGCACGGCGACAAACAUGAGCGGCAAGACCAGCAGGACCAGCGACACGGUCAUGGUCAAAAAGUGGAAGGGGUUGGCCAUCAGGGACGACAGACCCAAGCUCGACAAGAGCGACGCGGCCGAGGACGUCCACGAGACAAACGACGCGACAAUGCCGGUCUUGCCGGACAAGCGCGGGACGGGGGCGACGCCGUGCAGCAGCAGCAGGGCGCGGCGGAUGCGGGCGUGGUUGCCGAGGCCGUAGGCGCUGACAAGGGUGCUGGCAAAGGCGGCGAGGGCGGCGACGUCGACGGUGCCCGGGUGGAUGUAGCGGGUGUGGUGGUGGCCGCUGUGGCUGCCAAUGUCCAUGUGGUGGGCGGCCGCGGCCGCGGCCGCCUCGUACGCGUGGACGUGGGCGGCAUGUGCGUGGGCAGCAUGUGCGUGGGCGCUAGCCGUGGUCGACGCCGCGGCGGCCUCGAGACAGUCUUUGAGGUCGUGGCUCAGCAGGUCAAAGCCGCCAAAGACCAAGAAAAUGCUCAUAGCAAACCCGGCCAGGACCUCGGCGCGGCGCAGGCCAAAUGGGUGGCGGAUGGUGGAGCGCCGCCAGACCUCAAAAUUGCCGAGCACAUCGACGGCAACACAGACGGCCGCGGAGCCGACGUCGAAGAACACCAGGUGAGAGAGGGCUGUCAAGGCCAGGCUAUCGCCGCCCUCGGCAGCACACAAAAACACAAAGACAGCAACGGCAGCGUGACACAAGCACCAGUAGAGACGGAUGCGCUGGUCGCGGUGCAUGCUUGCCCAGGCCUCACGCACGGUCGGGACGGGGAGGGAGGCCGGCAGGACAGGCGGCGGGCGCGAUGGUGGCUCUUGGAAGAUCUGGUGCUGAGCAGAGACGCUGCUGUGUUUGUAUCGAUGGCCACGACGAAGGCCAAUGUUCUGGCGAGGAAGAGCUUGAACGGAUUCUCAGCUGGCGCACCGCCGAUAUUGAUGGGUGCCGAGUUCGCCGGCGACGACGAAGAAGCUGUUUGGUCGUCCAUGGCGCCGGCGGGAGGACGCAGAAAGCUGUUGCUGCCGCGGUCGUGGAGGUGCGAGUCGGGACUGAGGAGGUUCGCGCCGAGUGAGGACGAGAAGACGGCCGAACGGGGCGAGCGAGGCGGGCCAGAGAGGCGCCGCGUCAUGCGCGUUAAGCGGCUGCCCGGCGAGGUAGGCGUCUGUCUCGUCGACGUCGAAGCGGAAGGGGUCGUCGGCGCCGGCGGCGGUGGCAGCGUUGCUGUCGAGCUGGCUCAGGUCAAGGACGCCGCUGCCGUCGCCGUCGGACGUUGGCUCGAGGAGGAUGGACGGUGGCCGUGGACGGGGCGCUGUGGCGGUCGCUGGGGUGCCGGAAAAGGUUUCGCUGUCGAUGACGGGAGAGGAGAGGGUUACGGAGAGGGUGGGCGGCUCCGGGCCGGACGCCAUGUGCCACGUGGAGGGUGA